AGAGGGGCUUUGGGAUCCCCCUCUUCCACCCCUGAUCCUCCCCCAAGGGUUUGCUGGUUGGGGGAAGGAAGGGGACGGAAUCCCCACGGAGCAGGAUGAGCGGUUGAGGCGCAGUGGGGGCCACUCGCUCGCUGGCUGCCCCGUCCGGAGCCGUUGAGGUGUCGAAGCCGUGAUCCACACCGCCCACGCAGCGCGGCCGAAGCGCCUGGGGGAAGAAUAAGUGAAGGAAUGAAAGGCCCCAGCUUCGCAGGCGAGAGCUUGUCAGGCUCCUUUGCCCGGGGGUUUGGUCCGUUUGGAGAGCAUGCUGUUAACGCCAGCUGGAUUGCAGUUCAGGAGCUGGAGAAGCUAGGGUUGCGAGAUGAUGUGGAUCUGCACGUCUAUGAAGUCCCAGUUGAAUACCAGACAGUGCAAAGUCUCAUUCCUGAAUUAUGGAAAAAGCACAGUCCCCAAUUGGUGGUUCAUGUGGGUGUUUCGGGUAUGGCUACGACUGUAACUCUGGAGAAGUGCGGCCAUAAUGUAGGUUAUAAAGGCUUAGACAACUGCCGUUUCUGCCCAGGCUCUCAGUGUUGCGUAGAAGGUGGCCCCGAAUGCAUCGAUUCCAUUAUUGACAUGGACACGGUUUGCAAGAGAGUCUCAGCACUGGGGCUGGAUGUCACGGUCACUAUAUCUAAGGAUGCCGGCAGAUACCUCUGUGACUUCACUUACUACACUUCCUUAUAUCAGAGCCACGGGAGGUCAGCUUUUGUUCACGUGCCUCCGCUGGGAAAACCAUAUAGCGCAGAACAGCUGGGUCGAGCACUACAGGCUAUAAUAGAAGAAAUGCUGGAUGUUUUAGAGCAUUCUAAAGAUGAAAUAAAUUGUCAGCAUGAACACUGAAAGGGGGCAGAAGCUGUCCUAGUAUUGCACUUCCAUAAUUUUCCCUGCUACUGAAGUACUGGGGAAAAUGGUCUGAAACGUAGACACCCAGAAUUGGAGACUUCAAAAAAGGAAAAUUCCACUUCUAGAAAUUGACGUUUUUUGUCAAAUGUGUGCAUUUCAGCCUAGGCAACAAAGGAUUCAAAAUCUCUUCUUUAAAACACCUGCAACCACUCAUUUCUGAAGUGACUGAAGUGUGUGUGCUGUGCUUUAUCCAGAGCUUAUCUGUCAGCCAAGUGACAGCUACUGACCGGUCUAAUACAGCGCAGACAGAAAGUUUCUCAUCUGGACCUGGCGUUCAGGUGCAGGGAACUGAUAACCCAGUCUUCUAAUGACUUGUCUAAAGACUAGACUUAAGUUGAAAGGUUUGCUUUCAGUUUGUUCAGUUUGUUUCCCCUCUUUGUCCCGAAUUAUAGGUUAUAACAUCAAAGUACAUCUGAAAAGCGUUGGAAUGGUGUGUGGGUUUGUCGGUUAUAAAACAGCGCUCAGUGGAGACGAGGAGUCUUUGAAAUUGUUUUGCUGAAGUGGAAAAAUAUUUUAGGCACUGAUUUCUCACCCCACAUGGUCCUAAUAUUUGUAGGGUCCUCUGUAAUGUGCUGGUUAACUGGUAGCUGCAAAUAGAAGGGAUGUGUUUUGGGUUCCCUUUGUUGUGGAGCAGGAGAUAGUUUUGUUUGGUUUUUUUCUUCUUUUAUACACAGUGUGAGCCUAACUUGCGCCAAAUAUUUCCAGAUGUCUUUUUUAUUACGCUCUCGAUGCCACUUUCCUCACUCAAGUCAACCAUAUACCUCCUGUACAAAACACAUUGUUUCAUAUGUGUAUAAAACAAAUCAUUAGCGGUUAAAUAGCUUUGCUAAAGGCCACUUUCUCCGUGGGAGAUCUUUAUCCUAGAUUCUUGGUGCUAGCUGUUAUUUUUAAGGUGAAGGCUGAGUAAUUUGUAACUUCCUUAGUUACAAAUUUUCAUUUGUGUUAAAGGUUAGAAGAGUACUGUUUAACUUAAAUUCUAAGUUGCCACCUUGAUUUUAUUAUAGGUGUAAAUAUGCAAAAGUGUGGAUUUGAAGACACUCUGCCAAAUGAAAUCUAAAAUCUUAAACUUAGUCUCACUGUCUGUAAACCAGAGGCAAUUAUUUGAAAACUAGGGAUUAUGCUUAGAAUGAGUAUUCCGGGCUGUUUAUUUGUGUCUCCCUCCCAAUGGGAGGGUACAAAGUGCUGCUUCUUGUGUGAACUUUCCCAGUAAUUUGGGGAAGUGUACAUGCAGGUUCUAAGCAGGACUUUUCAAGUGGUUGACACUAGUCAUGCGUGUAGGUUUGCUGCCAAAUUACAAGGCUCCAGUGAAAGACGGAUGAUGUUACAGUGGGAACAGCCACAAAAUUGAUAAUUGAUGACCGGUAGGUCUCAUUGAGGGGGCCAUUUAAAUGGAGAGGGUGGUGAUUUGAUUCUGAGACUUUUACAAAUAUAAAUAUAUAUAUAUAAAAACCCCAACAUUUUGAAAUGUUUUAAAAUACCAUUAUUUUCAUCUUUCUCAUUAUGAAUGAUUCUGCUAUACUGUCUCUCAGUGAGAGCUGCCGUUAACUUGCUGUUUUCCAGUAGAAGUCUAGCAACAAAAGAAACACCACUUCUCCUUGUAACCCUGCAGAGAGGACGAAGACAUCUGCAGUUGUGAUAACUUUGCUAAGGGGACCUGUGUAUGAAAAUGUUGGGAUAGACUUCUGGUUUACCAGGGAAAUUACCGCUGUAUUUACUCUGCAGGCUCUCCUGGUCAAAAGAGUUUGCCUUCAAAGUAAAUAUUCUCUUUUGCAUUCAGCUAUGAAGUAGCACUUGUCAGAUUGUCAGCAGGCACGCAGACUUUCUGAUUAGUAAUUUAUUAUAUUUAAUAUUUUGUUUUAAUUUUUUGUGGUUUGACACAUUUUUGCAAAUAGUUGAGCUACUUAUCUUGUAUGUUUAUUCCUUUAUCUGGUAAAAAGUUUUCAUCAUCAGUGUACCUUAGCUGCUAAACUUUUAAAAGAGGAGUAAUUCACGUAUCCUGCUAUGUUCAGCAAUUAAGUACUUUUUAGUAAUGCUAUUUAAUUUACGUGUAAUGUAGUUGUGAACAACACAGGGGUGGAAGAUCAACAGUUUAGCGAGACCAUAACAAAAAAGAGUAUGGGAUUGAAGCGGCUGUAGGAAGGGCUGUUUGGUCCGGUGGUGGGGAGGGUUUUCUGCUGGCCGUCCCUCCCCUUGAGCAGUGAGGGCUGGAGCAGGUCGCUGGUCGGGCUCUGGUGGUGAUAAAUGUCUCUAAGCGAGAUGUGCCAUCUCUGUCUUUGUCAAAUGUUUGUGCUUCCUUUGAGCAUCUAAGCGGGCAGCCUCAGAGACCCCCCUGGAUGUGGCUGAGGAGGAGUGGCUCCAAAUUCAUCUGGGGAAGGUAGACAGCGGCGGCUGUGUGGAGAGAGCAGGUUUCCACGCUGGUUUAUUCAGCCUGUUCCACACCUGUAGAUACUUUCUUGGGUGCUCUCUGGUCUUGAGCCAAUUUCUGUGACUGCUGUUCAUCUGUGGACUGCAGUGGUUGACCUAUGUGUCAGCGUUAAAAAUCUCGGUUUUGGAAAUACUUUGCCUUGGGCGUCACUUUGAGCUGUGCGUUUCCUCGUAAUCUGUUCUUGUGAAGCUUCCGUCUGAUCAGUUUCUUAGAAAACAUAAUUUAUUUUAUAAUCUCUUUGAGGUUUUGAGAAUUAGUCCCCAGAGAUUAUGUUUGUAAAGGGUGUCUUGGUGGUAGAGAAAUUUUGUGUAGUGAAACUUCUAAAAAUGGCAUUAAACUAUUUUUAUUUAAUCUGACCUAAAUUAAAUACUUUUGGUUUUUUGAAAGUUUUUUGUUAAAUUCAUCAGUUCAUAAUGCCUUUCCAAUAGGUGGAUAUUUUCUUUGGAAAUAUGUCAAACUGAUGCAGAGCUUCAAAAAGCUGAUGUUUUGUGUCAUGCUUACUAUCUGCUUUCUUCUCCAGAUCAUCAAUAAAUAGGAUUUGCUAAUUUGCACUGACUGGGAGACCUGUUGCCAACCACAAAAAACUUUGUGCUAGUGAGUAAGUGUAGGAAGUUCAGGUUUAGUGUUAAUUACUGUGCCUGCAAUUUGUAAAAUGUAAAAGCUGGUAAAGUUUUUAGAAUCCUGUGACUGCAAAAUUGUCUCUGGGAUACGCUUCACGGAGAAACGGGGGUGAGAAUAUUUUAUGGGGAAGAGAGAAUUAGGGAGGUUCCACUGUAUUGGGUCUGAUGUCAUUUUAUCUGCUUGCCAACAGCUUGGAGUAGGAACUGGCGAACGUGUUGGUGAAGUUUGGUGAUGACAGUGUAAUUGUUGCAGUUACUGGAUGCUGCGGAGGAUUUUGGGGAACUCCAGAUACUCGUAAACUCCUUCAUAAUUUGGCAACACUGCUGUCAGGAAAUAUUUCUUUUGAAUUAAACAUGGUAAUCUACAUUAUAAAACACAGCAAAAAGAAACUGUGAACUCGAAAGUUUCUUCAUAAAGACUUGUGGGUGACUUGAUGGUCCUUAUGGGUCCCUUCCAACCUGAGAUAUUCUGUGAUUUUAUGGUAUGGCUGAAGGUGAACACCCGUUGUACAGAAGCUAUUUGUAAUUUUUUUGGCAGCUUUGGAAAAGAUGAUGGAAUCUCUAAGCUCAUACAGAGCAGCUCACACUUAUCUGGAGUAUUCCCCAACCUGAUGGCUUCCUCCUAAAUGUGGUAGGCAUGGGAAAGGAUGAAAAGGUCAUGAAGAUGGUUAGAGGUGUUGAGUGUGGUUGUGACAUGAGGCUGCAGCCAAGAACUGCUGAGCUUCCAGAGUCCUUCCAGGAGGGACCUGACUGAGCGUGUUUAAAAGUUUAAGACUUCAUGAAAACUAUCCGGUUGCUCUGCUUUCACCCCGAAGAGGAGGGGGAUUCAAAAGCAAGGCGUCUGGAGUAAAUUUGAGAUAAAUGCUUCCUGGCUGACUCCUUGCGGAAACAGAGAAGGCGUUUGCACACAGCGUCGUGCUGCAAAGCAUAGCCUGAUGCGAUGGGUACUGCCUGCUGCCCGUAGCAGAAAAACAGCCUCAUUGAACCAGGGCUCUGAGCUGAUACGUCAACUUUAUCUCCGUAGGGUUUGUGCAGCAUGUACCGUGGUAAGUCGGGUAGGAAACCGUGCUGUUUGUAUUUACUUACCUAGACAGUUACACUUAGAUGUAGCAUUCAAACUCCCACCUGUCUCUCACUGUCCUGCCGGAUGCGCAGGCAAUAUUUAACCUUUUAGUGCCUCGGUCAGCUGGCAAAGGGGAUUAUUCCAGGCCACUGUCACACAGUGCCAUGCCUGGAAGAAAAGCCCGGGAGCUUCCAGGCUUGUAGACUUGCAAAUGGACAGCACAGACUCUCAGUGUCGUUAUUUUUGUUAGUGAAAAGUCUAAAUAAUCCACUGAAGUUUCUUCUGAUACUCAAAUAAUCUUCAUGUGAAGGAGUGCAUGAUUCAUUGACCUCACAUGCAGGCUUCCUUACGAAACGUAUAAAAGGAACGGCAGGAGGAGGAGCUUCUUAAAACCAAAAAUGUGAAAACCAUAUAAACGAGUUGAAUUGGUAAUUCCCAGCUAACAGGAGAGCUAGCGCUAGGCUAAAGCGGCGAUUAUGGUCUGGCCAUGUUAUUUCAUGGUUUAACUUGUUGUGACUUGUGCAUCUUUUUUAACUUCUAGGCUCUUUCUAACUCUCUAACCACACAGCUGAUGCUCAGGCACUUCUUCGAGCGAGUGGUAGUGUUUGGAAGCUGACUGGAUUGUUUAGACAUAGAAAGUACACGUGUAUUUGGGAGUUUUAAUUAUGAUUUUCAGAUUCCAUCCCACAGUGCAGAUAAUGAAAUUGUUGGCAAUUAAUUUGUGCGUACUUUCACAAAGUGACUUCAUUCCUAUUGUCUCCUUCAAUAUGCUAUCCAAUAAUAUUUUAAUGAGAGGAAUUUGAGUUCCGAAGGCUUCCUUUCAAACUUAUCUGUCAGCUUGAAUAAAACACCCCAAGUUGAUAGCAUAAGUACCCGUCUUGAUGUAGAUGGAUUUGUUAUUUAUGCACCAGAAACCCUAACAUUUUGCAGUAUAAAGUGCACUUUUUCUUAAAAAAAACCCUUGUAUUCAUGUCAGAUUAGUGGCUUACAUGGUGAAAGUGAUACUCUGCCAAACCUCCAAAGCUGAGGAUAUUGUUAAUUCUGCAUAUUAAUUGAAAGCUGAGAUCCACUUCUGCUCAGUCUAUUUUAAGACAAAGUAGAGAAGAAAAUGCCUCCCCCUAGAUAGGAAUUAAAUAUAGGAAAUGAAACUACACACUGCCCUUAAAUAAAACUCUGUGCUACUUAAAUACACGUUUCAGGUUUUCUAUUGCACCAGCUGCUUAAAUCGCAAAUGUUUACUUUGAUUAAACAGGGAGUGCCUUGUCCUGUGCUGGGCUCACUUUUGGAAAGCAGAGUGGUGGUGAUGGGGACAGACGAGCCAUUUGCUCGUAAGGUGGAGGGAAAGGCUGGGCUUUCAGCACCAGGAGAAACUGCUGGGCUCGGUCAGUGGCCCCUUGAUCCAAGGAUGCUCUUCAGAAACUGCACUGAAUUGAGUUCUCGAGGUUUUCUGACACCCGCUCAGACCCGACAAAGGGAAAAAACAAAGUGUUUGCUACUUCCUUGUCACUCUUGGUUGGGUUGGCCCAAUUUGUGAAGGUUGUCUUGUCUCUUCUUCAAGGUUAGGUGUUUCAUUCGGAUUCUGUUAUGCAUGUUACAGUGUCACUCAGCCUCUCGGGUCCUCUGUUCGUUAAUUGUGGUGAAAUAAACAGUCGUCUGUCUGGGUAUCUCAGGUGUUGCUGAUCUCAUGCUUACCAGGACUCUUGGAGCUACAGUUCUAAAUCUGUUGGGGCUUCUGUUUUUCCCAGUGUGUUCUUGCAGUGCCUUGUAAAACCAAACAAUCUAGUGUGUCACUAAAGGGCUGUGUAAUAAAGAACCGUUAACAUUCUUUCAGCUUGCUAUUGCUAGACUGGACUUUGUAACUGAAAACUUAAACUGAUGUUUCAAAGUAAAUAAAAGAGUUUAACUCUGA